GAGACGGUUGCCAGGGACGCCGCGGCCUCUGAGCCUGCGCAGCGUCGGCGAUGGCGGGCAUCGAGGGCGAAGACGCCAGCGCCACUUUGGACCACAUCCUCACCCAGUUCAACACCUAUGAGGAUUACCUGGAUUCGCAGAUCACCACGCAGGACCUGUAUUACUUGGAGAACGAAGAAAUGGCUCGCCAGCUGGUGGAGCUGGGCUUCCGAGGAAGCGGCGAAGUGCUGAAGAGGGAAGAUUUCAUAGCUAGGAAAUUGGCCGCCGAGGCUUCGAGGCUCUCAGAAAGGCAGCAGCAAAAAGCUCUGGCAGGUGCAGGAAAAGAGCUGAAAGACGACUUUCUGAAGGCACUGGCGGAAAGGGAGGAAGCCAACCGCAACGGCAAAAUGUCUUCCAUAAUCUUCAUUCGGGAUCAUAAUUUACGUGGCCAGGAAGUAUCUGCAUAUAUCGAUUAUGCACACCGGUUAAAGGUGGACGAGUUUGAAGUCUAUUUCAGUGGCAAGAAGAAGCUUUUCCCCAGGCGCUCUGAUCUGAGUUUCUACAACUGGGACAGGAAUAUCUGCUGCUUGAAUUCAAGUCCAAAUUACCAAGUGAUUGCAGAAAAUGUGUGCGGCCUCCUCUUCAAGAACAAGUCUGACAGGAAGGUCAUCAAUGUUGACCCCAAGGCUUAUCCAGGGGACAAUACAACACGGACCCCAAUCGAAACGGACCUCUACCUACAGGUGGUUAUUUAUGAUCAUGUCCUCAGAAGAAAGCUCUAAACAUCAUUUCUGACGAGGAAUAAAUACACUGGAAGAAGUCUUUAAUAUGUAUACCAGAGAUGGGGAGAGAGGGGGGGUAGUUUAUUCCAAGGACUAAAUAGUCAAGGGUGCCUUAGGCUGUUAAGGAACAGUUACCAAAUAGCACUUUUCCUGAGGUUGCUUAUUAAAGAGAUUUUGCCUUUGUUCUCC